GUCUGUGUGUUGCGAGUCUCCCUGGCUUACAGCUCGUGCAAUAGCAUUAUCGUUGGCCUUUUUUGCAACAUCAUGUCCGCGACACCAGUGGAUGAGGUUAUCGAGAUCGACUCGGAGUCCGACCGGGAGACGGAGCGCACGCCUCCUUCGUCGCAGGAAACAUCCUCUCACACGUCUCCUACCUCCGCGGAAUCUGGCGGACGCAGCCGCCGCAACUUCCAGCAGUGGGCUCCGCACUACGGCUUCGGAGACUGUGUCGGUGUGGAAGAGGCUUGCGACAUGGGCCCAGGCGGCGGGCCCGCCGCGGCGGGCCCGCCGCAGCGGGCCCAGCAGGCCUAUGUGACCUUUGCAAUCUGCCGGAUCUGCCCGAAGUACACCUUUUCGGUGGCCCUUCGCCGCAUCGAAACCGUGGACGGCGACAUCGCUGCCGAGCUACGCCUGCGUAUGCAACGGGCAUGGCGCCGGAAAGAUCCAAGCCGCCCCCGCCGAGCUGCGCGCGGACCGUACAAGAAGUCCCGCAGGGCAAGUCCGGUUUGCAACGCAGAGUGGCAGGCGGUGACAGACGAGUCGGAGCUCGGCGACUACCACGACAUGCAACCGGAUGCGGACCCAGAAGCUUUCGUCGGCAUUCAAACGGAGGUUCACAAGGACAACACGGAGGUCGAGAACACGAAGGAGGACAUCCCCAGGGACUACAUGGACGCGGCUGCGGAGAGAGGCACGAAGAGAGCGCAGAGUCCAAAGGUGAUGCCUCGCCGCAGCGCCCUACGACCGCGAGAGAGUGUGCAAGCGGCCCGCGCGGGUUGGGCGCUCCAGGAGCACUUCCAAGAAGUCGACGAGGGACAGCUCCUGGUCCUGGAGGACGUCCAAUUCAAGAACUGCUGUUUGCCGCUGGCGGUGGCACGCAGCUUGGAAGGACUCGAGGCCACCAGAACGGCCGUGCACAAGUGUGCAGCGCUGUGGAUUGAAGGCCUCCCCGAGCACUUGCGGAACGCGGUCACCAAGAACGAGGCGAAGCCGGGGGAGAUGUUGUUUGAUGACUACCUCGCAAAGGUGGUGGAGGACGACACUUCCAUGAUCGCGUGCCUCGUCAUCCCCCAAGACAACAUCACCCGCGUAUGGGCUGGCAGAAGGGCGGGAUUGACAACGAGCAGAGUGAUAAUCCUGAAGUACGUGCCAUGCCACUUCACCUCGUUGCUGCCGAAGCACGGCGAUCCGCCCAUUGAGAUGCUACUGAAAGGCUUACCUCCUGUACAGGCUUUCUCAUUUAUUGGCACCGCAGAAUUAAGGGAGAGCAUGUGCAACGCACAAAGGACUUCGUGA